AUGAACCCGAGCGACAGGGACACGCUGCCAGACGUGGCUAAGCCAUCUCACUACCAUGUCUCGCUGUACGAUCUCACCAUCGGCGGCAACUGGGGGUACAAGGGAACUGUCAAGAUAGACACCAAGAUCACACGCCCUACCAAGGAGAUUGUUGUCAAUGUCAAGGCAAUUGACGUCCAGUUGGCUGAGAUCUCUGCCAAAGAUGGAAGUGCUUCCAGCAAGGCCACUGAGAUCUCAUACGACCGCAAGUCUGAGCGUGCCAUCUUCAAGUUUGACAGCGAGCUACAGCCGGCAGAUAUGCUGCUGACCAUCUCCUUCACCGGAACUAUCAACAACUACAUGGCUGGUUUCUGCCGUGCUGGAUACCAGUCGGCAGCUACUCCAGGACCUGCCACGCCCAAGGUUGGAGAGCAGCACUACAUGCUUAGCACCCAAUUCGAAUCCUGUGAUGCCAGACAGGCAUUCCCUUGCUUCGAUGAGCCUAAUCUGAAGGCCACCUUUGAUUUUGAGAUCGAAAUUACUAAGGGCUUGACAGCUCUCAGCAACAUGCCUGUUAAGAGCAAGCGUGAGGGUAGCAAGCCUGACCUUGAAUUUGUCUCUUUUGAGCGGACUCCCAUUAUGAGCACCUAUCUCCUUGCUUGGGCUGUAGGUGACUUCGAGUACGUCGAGACGAUGACUAAGCGCAAGUACAACGGCGCCAGUAUCCCAGUCCGUGUUUAUACCACCAGAGGCCUCAAGGAGCAGGCUCAGUUUGCCCUGGAAUGUGCUUCCCAGACCUUGGACUACUUCUCCGACGUCUUUGAGAUCGACUACCCUCUUCCCAAGUCUGACUUGCUAGCAGUCCAUGAAUUUGCCAUGGGCGCCAUGGAGAACUGGGGCCUUGUUACCUAUCGAACCACCGCUGUCCUUUUCGAGGAAGGAAAGUCUGAUGAGAAGUACAGAAACCGUGUUGCCUACGUUGUUGCCCACGAAUUGGCUCAUCAAUGGUUCGGUAACCUCGUUACCAUGGACUGGUGGAAUGAGCUUUGGCUCAACGAAGGUUUCGCUACCUGGGUCGGGUGGCUCGCCGUAGAUCACUUCCACCCAGCUGACAAGCCAUUAGAAUGGAAUGUCUGGUCACAGUUCGUCACUGAGAGUGUUCAACAAGCCAUGAAACUCGACUCCCUCCGUGCAUCCCAUGCCAUCGAAGUUCCGGUACGAAACGCCCUUGAAGUUGACCAGAUCUUCGACCACAUCAGUUACUUGAAGGGAAGCUCCGUCAUUCGUAUGUUGAGCAGCCAUCUUGGCCAGGAGGUCUUCCUCAAGGGUGUUGCCAAGUACCUCAAGACCCAUAAAUAUGGCAAUGCUACCACCAACGACCUCUGGUCUGCUCUUAGCGAAGUAUCUGGAAAGGAUGUCACUUCUUUCAUGGACCCAUGGAUCCGCAAGAUCGGUUUCCCCGUUGUCAACGUCACUGAACAAACCAACCAGAUCAAUGUUGACCAACGACGAUUCCUUGCAUCGGGCGAUGUAAAGCCAGAGGAGGAUGAAACCAUGUGGUGGAUUCCACUCGGCAUCAAAUCUGGCCCCAAGGCAGAGAGUGCCAACGUCCGCAAUUUGACCAAGAAGUCUGACUCGGUUGCUGACAUCAACUGUAGCGAGUUCUACAAGGUCAACAAGGAUCAGUGCGGCUUCUACCACACUAACUACCCACAAGACCGACUCGUCAAGUUCGGUGACAGCAGAAACCUCCUCAGCUCUGAGGACAGAAUCGGUUUGAUUGGUGAUGCUGCCUCUUUGGCCGUCUCUGGUGAGGGAAGCACCGUCUCCUUGCUCGCUCUUGUCGAGAAGUUCCAGGACGAAGCUGACUGCCUUGUCUGGGCUCAAAUCAUGACUUCCCUUGGCAACCUGCGAUCCAUCUUUGGAACCCACGAGACUAUCUCUAAGGGCUUGAAGGCUUAUACCUGCAAACUCGUCACUCCUGCUGCUGAAAAGAUCGGCUGGGAAUUCAAGGACUGUGACGACUUCUUGACCAAGCAGCUCCGACAGAUCCUCAUUACUGCUGCUGGACGUUCUGGCCACGAAGGCACCGUUGCCGAAGCCAAGCGUCGUUUCAAGGCCUGGGCCGAUGGUGAUAAAUCUGCCAUUCACACCAACCUCCGAUCUGCUGUCUUCUCCAUUAACAUGGGAGAGGGUGGUCGCCCUGAGUAUGAUCUGCUGGUUAAGGAGUACGAGACCAACACAACCAUCGAUGGAAAGGAGAUUUGCCUUGGUGCUCUCUCCCGUGCCACCGACCCUGAGCUCAUCAAGGAAUUCCUGGAGUUCCUCUUCUCGUCCAAGGUCUCUGGACAGGAUGUUCACACCGGUGGGUCAGGCUUGGCCGCUAACCCCAAGGGCCGCUACCUCAUGUGGGACUUUAUCAAAGCCAACUGGAACCGUAUUGAGGAGAAGUUGGGUGCCAAUAAGGUCCUGCUUCAGCGCUUCCUGCGUCUCAGCUUGAUCAAGUACGCCGAUAAAGAAGUUGAACAGGACAUCACCAAGUUCUUCUCCGACAAGGACCAGGAAGGCUACGACCGUGCACUUGUCAUCGCAGCGGACACCAUCAAGUCCAACGCUAGCUACCGCGAGAGAGAGGAGAAGGCUAUCCUUGAGUGGCUCACCCAGCGUGGCUAUGUAUAA